AUGUCAAAGGAUCAAAUUUCCAGCUUCUGCAACGAACUCUCAUCAUUCUGCAAUCAUCUUCAAUCCUCCACCAAUGCACUCAAACAAUCCAUCGAUCGAAGACCUAUUCCUCUCGAUUCUGCAUCUUCCACCUUCGUUCAAUCCCUCAAUCGCCGUGUAUCAACCGCAACCUCCGAUCUUGAAAUGCUCGAAUCAAUGUCCAGUACCGUUUCUUUCCAAGAGCUUUUAGGUCACUGCAAUGAACUGUAUAAGAUAAAUCAAUCCGAUAUGCAUCAACUCGAAGAUCAUCUUAAAACCUACGGAUACGUUCCAGCUUCGGAUAUUGAGGAGAAAGAUGAAGUUUACAAUAUGAGAUCUCCGGUUUCGGAUGAUAAAUUGGAUAGUCUCUCUUCUUUUUAUGGAUCACUCUUUGUUCCUGAUUCUGUUGUUGAAUCUGGCUUCAAGAAUUACGAAGAUGAUGAUGAUGAUUUAUUUGAUGAAUCUAUGAGUUUGAAACAGCUUGGGCUAUCAGAUGCAAGUCUAGCCAGGUUAGCAUUGGAAGAUAAUGUACCUUCACCAGAAGUUGAAAAAGUACCUGAUGCUCCCAGCCCCUCUUUGAAGGUAUUAAAGAGCGAAUUUGAAUGUCUUCCCACCUAUAUGAAGGAUCUAGCAUCAUGGGAGGAUCUACUUGUAGCCGUUGAUAAGAUUAAUUCAAGUCUAAGCAAGAAGACCAGCGGAUGCAACUUCUUCGGUCAAGAUGAUAUUCCUUCUUUUGAUUUAGGACCUAAAGCAAGAUCUUAUUUGCUGCUUUUAGUGCGCAUGAAUCAUAUGGUUGUUGAGGUAAUUGACGGUCUAUUAUCGUAUAGAAUAUUGUAG